AAGCUGGGAGCUUGUCCCCACACAGAAUCCUUGUUUUGCUUAGCCCUCGCCUUCCAUUGUCUAAUUCCUUCAUUCCAGCUAAGGAAAGGGAAUGCUAGAAGUCCUUCCAUUUGGAAGACUCUUGCCGAAUGCAGCAUAGCCAAUGCUGAUGUUUCUUGGCCAGCUGCUGUGGCCUCGGAGAUCUGUUUAUGAGAUUGUUAUUUCCAGGAGCUAUAUAGAACAGUCUCUGCAGUCUUGAAGCUUCGGGUUCAUCUUACAAUCAAACUGUCCUUUGCCUGUUAAUCUAUGGAUUCGGAUUUCUACUCCUGGCGCUGAGAUCUCUGGAAUCUGCUGGUGAUAUCUAGAAUCUUUCUGAAUGUCAGGCCUCUUUAGAUCUCUGAGGCUUUAGGAUCUCAGGCUUCUCAAGGAUCUUGGAGCUAGCGACCACAGACCAGAAGGAGACGAACGCUUGAGCCCGAGAUGGCAGCCACCCUACUCAUGUCUGGGUCCCAGAUGAGACUUAAUGCCAUUGCCUUCUCGACAUUUCUAACCAUGUCUCUAAUUUCAAGAAGAAAAGCUGGUUCUAAACUCCUAGGUACCAAGUAGUGAGGAAGCAUUGUGUUGAUUUCAGGCCCCUGUGACAUUUGAAGAUAUGGCCAUGUUCCUCACUCGGGAAGAAUGGAGACCCCUGGAUCCUACACAAAGAGACCUUUACAGGGACGUGAUGCAGGAGAAUUAUGGAAAUGUCGUCUCACUGGAUUUUGAGAUCAGGAGCGAGAAUGAAGCAAACCCAAAACAAGAGUUUAGCGACGAUGUGGAAUUUGCGACCAUGUCGGAAGAGCCUCUGGAGAACGCUGAGAAGAAUCCUGGAAGCGAAGAGGCUUUUGAAAGUGGGGACCGAUCAGAAAGGCCGUGGGGAGACCUGACAGCCGAGGAGUGGGUAAGCUAUCCUCUCCAGCAAGUCACUGACCUGCUUGUCCACAAGGAGGCGCACACAGGCAUCCGCUACCACAUUUGUUCUCAGUGUGGGAAAGCCUUCAGUCAGAUCUCAGACCUCAAUCGCCACCAAAAAACCCACACGGGAGACAGGCCCUAUAAGUGUUAUGAGUGCGGGAAGGGCUUCAGCCGCAGCUCCCACCUCAUCCAGCACCAGAGGACACACACCGGCGAGCGGCCGUACGACUGUAACGAGUGUGGGAAAAGCUUCGGAAGGAGCUCUCACCUCAUUCAGCACCAGACGAUCCACACCGGGGAGAAGCCUCACAAGUGCACCGAGUGCGGGAAAAGCUUCUGCCGUCUCUCCCACCUCAUCCAGCACCAGAGGACCCACAGCGGGGAGAAACCGUACGAGUGCGAGGAGUGCGGGAAGAGCUUCAGCCGCAGCUCCCACCUCGCCCAGCACCAGAGGACUCACACGGGUGAGAAGCCUUACGAGUGUAACGAGUGUGGGCGGGGCUUCAGCGAGAGGUCUGACCUCAUCAAGCACUACCGGGUGCACACGGGGGAGAGGCCCUACAAGUGUGACGAGUGCGGGAAGAACUUCAGUCAGAACUCAGACCUGGUGCGGCACCGCCGGGCCCACACCGGGGAAAAGCCGUACCACUGUAACGAGUGCGGGGAAAACUUCAGCCGCAUCUCGCACCUCGUCCAGCACCAGAGGACUCACACGGGCGAGAAGCCGUACGAAUGCACGGCCUGUGGGAAGAGCUUCAGCCGCAGCUCUCAUCUCAUCACGCACCAGAAGAUCCACACCGGGGAGAAGCCCUACGAGUGUACCGAGUGUUGGCGAAGCUUUGGGGAGAGGUCAGAUCUGAUUAAGCACCAGAGAACCCACACGGGCGAAAAGCCCUAUGAGUGUGUGCAGUGUGGAAAGGGCUUCACACAGAGCUCCAACCUCAUCACGCACCAGAGAGUUCACACCGGAGAGAAGCCUUACGAAUGUACCGAGUGCGAUAAGAGUUUCAGCCGGAGCUCAGCUCUUAUUAAACACAAGAGAGUUCACACCGACUAGGCCCUGUGUGCGAGUGGACUCGUUUGGAGGCCAAGUGAUGUUUGAUAUCAACGAGCCAACUUGAGAUGGCUCUUUUUAAAGUUCCGACUUGCCUUGUUGUGGGCUACAGGCUAAAAGGUGAAAGAAAGCAAGACUUUUGAAAAUUCUGACCCACAGCUUUGGGGAUGCUGUCCCCUCCUCCAAAACGGUGUUAUUGUUCACUGAUUAUCAUAUGAAUUGAUAUUGUAUCAUAUCAUCAAAGUCAGCCCCCUCCCCAGUAACGAGAGCUAAAGACCAGGGGACAAGAUGUUGGUGGUCCCUUGGGCCUGGAAAUGGAGUACAUCUUUAAAGUAUUUUCUCUCUCUCUUAUAUUUGGCUCAAAAACACUGCAGUGGGAGAAAUGUGGUGUUCACAGCUGCUUUGACAGAAAGCUGGCGGACUUGCCCUGAGCUGCGACUGUUCAGCUGUAGUAGCUGGGUUCACACACAUCCCUUCCAAGGGGCUUUUUUAUUUUAUUUUAUUUUUUUAGUAGCUCACCUUCAUAUGUAAGCAUCACUUCGUGCACAGGAUUCUGCAUGCGGAAAGCAGCCGAGUGUCUCCUUGUUUCUCACUUGUGUAUAGCUUGCAUGUUUUUGAAAGCUGACCGAAGAAACAAUGUAAUGGGAAAAGGGAGGCACAGGUUUGAGGACCAAGCGCCCAGGGGCGGUGGUGACGUUAGCCAGAGAUAGCCAUGGAGACUGCCCUUCAUCAGGGUUCUGUAUUUUCUUCAAAAAUCAUGUGAGGGAUCAGAGUAGGGAAACUGCCCUUAGAAAAAGAUAGGGCUGGAAGUCAUGACGGAGCAGAAAUAGGAAGGGAACCCACCCCCUCCCCCAGGGAAGGGGGGAGCCCGGCCCCAUUCCCAGGGACAACAGUCAGUGCUGCAGAACCUUUAAGAUCACUUGUCCAUGUUCUGCUAUCUCUAGGGCUUGAUGGAGCCGCGUCCCAGUCUUCACCUUAGCUUGCAUAAGGGCAAACAUAUGUAUAGUGAAAUGUGCAUUCUGAUAGCAGAAACUGAGUUCGUAAGAAUCAGCAUGUUCUUGCGUGAAGUAGAUCAUAAGAUAGAACUAUAGACAUAACACCGAUGUGAGAGGUGUCCUUUAUCUUUCUUGUUACGGAGGGAAAAACAAAUCAGCAUUAGUGCCCGAGCACAGUGCGCUCCUGUGAAGUUUGGUUUUGUACAGAACUAAGCACUUGUGUGGAUGUGUCCAUCAGUUGUGAGUGGACUAGACACUCAGGUCCCUUGUCCUUUCUCAGCCUGAAUUAUCUUCUAUGAUGAGUGGCCUCAUCUGCAGAAACGGAUAAACCUGCGGAGGAAUGUGUUUCCGGUGUCCAGAUAAAAAUAGUUAAAACGAGUUGACCCACCCUAGUCCAGCACUGCAGUUCUCCUUAGAUAGCCCGGUUGGUGGCGCUCAUUCAGUCCCGAGGGGACCGAGGGGAGUCGGCACCCAGGAGCUGGGACUUUGCCUGUGAGUGAAUGCGUUCCUGCAUACAUUUAAAGAGUCCCAGUGUUUUCUAUGGUGCUUCAUUGCAAAAUUGCAAACAUAAUUCUUAUUAUUAUUAAUUUUUUUUUACUAAAGAAAACCCUUUUUGUUAAAUCUUCGGGAUUUAGCACUUAAAGCCCAGUACUUUCUCUACAGAGAGUCACUGGCCACAGCUGAAUGAUACCAUAUCACUAGUCACAGCCUCCAAAAGCAACUGAAUGAGAAACCACUCUGAGAGGCUCCAAGUGGUCACUCCCAUUUGAGUACAAACUUGGGGCAGGGCACAUGGUUUCUAUUCUGUACAAAAUCUAGCCUCCUCCGGGUAUUCAUACUUUAACUGUUAUGUAACUGACAUGUUCUUGGUAACUAAACUCAGCUGUGUCUUCUGUAUCAGUGCAGCUGAUGACUUGGGUGGAGUUCAGCAUUCUCCCAUUGCUUCUCUGAGCCACAUAAGUGACUGCCUGGGAGUGGCUUGUAGAAGACAGAACCUCUAACCCAACUUCAUUCCACACCAUUUCCCUCCUCUGUUACACACACACACACACACCAGGCACAGACACACACACACACCAGGCACACACACAGACACACAGACACACACACCAGGCACACAUACACACCAGGCACACACACACACACACACACACACACACACACCAGGCACACACACCCAGCCCUAGCCUUCCUUUAAAGGUUAUGCUGUGUUUCAUUUGCUGCUUUUGCCUUCUAGGAGAUGAAAAGGCUCCUGGGAGGUUUCUGAUUGCCUUCCCACCUCUUCGUAUGUGUACACUCUAGCUGGGUGGCUAAAAAGGCAGUGGCUGUGCCAGCUCUGUCCACUCAGCUAUGGUCAGCUGCUCCCCUUCCUGCGCUGAGCUGCAGAAGUCACACAACUGUCACCCUUCACUAACGCUAAGUGCAUGCCUUCUGUUCACAAGUCCCUGGCCGUUUCUGCACAUACCAGACAGUCUGUGCCUGUGUUCUAUGGUUGUGGAGAGUGGAUGAACAGGUAAAUCUGUAGAACAGGUUCCCUUGGUAUUGGUCAAUUAUCCUAGUGUCUUGUUUAUAGCUGUAUUAUCCUAACAAUAUUCUAUAAUUAAAGGUAUAAUUUUUAAACUCAAAA